AGCCAACGUCAACAAUUCAUUCGCUCAGCGAGCUGCUUAGCCCAAACCACGCAACUGUGUCGCAACCUGUUUGAGCUUAUCUGCCACUGUUUUUGUCGGGGCAUUAUGUCGGACGGAAGGAGACCCGUAGCGAGGAGUGCCAUAUCACGAAAGCGGCCUGGUCGUCGAGAUUUGCCUCGCGACGAAGACGAUGAGGAGGACGAUGGGCCUGAUGGUAACGUACCGGUGGGCUUGGGCAGGCGCCGUCGCUCGCCCUUCUGGGAGGUGGCGCGCGGCGCCGACGGCCGGGAUGCCGCCGGCGGACGGCGACCCACCCAGGGCGAGGGUAACGAGCGCCGGGGGCCCGCCGGGGGCUGGUGGCCCCGCCAGGGGGCUGCUGCAGCGCACGCUGCGGAUGACGCAGCAGGCGCGGUCGGGGGCGGCGGCGGUGCCGGGAGUGGUGCCGUGCAGGCAGCCGAAGCGCCGGGCGGUGCCGCGCAGGCGGCGGCCGCACCACGUGCGCCCAGCCCCCCACGCGCCCAGCCGGCGCAGCCUGUGCAGCUGGCUGCGGACAUGGGGGGGCUGCCGGGCUUGCGGCCGCAGCGUGCGGCAGGGGCGGCGGUGGCAGCUACCGCCCCAUGGUGGCUGCAGGAUGCGCGCGGGGCCGCAGGCCAGCCCGACGAUGACCGCGGUCACGGCGACGGCGAUGACAGCAGCGAGGGGCCGGGCGUGGAUCAUGACAUCCUUGCAGAUGUCCGUGAUGACAUCCAGGAUGAUGUCCGGGAUGUCUUUGAGGAGGACAUGCUGAUGGGCAUGAUGGCGGGCUCGCCCCGCAACCUGGUGGACGUGGGCAUGGACGUGGAAGAGGACCUCCGUUACAUGAGGGAACUCGACAUGUUUCACUGCGGGGCAUUUUUUGAUGACGAGCCCAUGGCCCGGCGGGCGGCGGCGACAGGGGAGCGCAGGCUCGGCGGCGGCGCAGCCGCGGCGGCGGGGCCGGCGGCGGCGGCGGAGGGCAGCGCCGCCGCAGCCGGAGGAGGCGCAGCCGGGGGGGCUGGGUGGGGCGCGGCGGCGGGUGGCCGCCCUGGCGGCGGCGGGCUGGCGGCAGCAGGGGCGGGGGCGCGCGGCCUGGGCGUGGACGCUACCGCCGCCGCGGCGGCCGUCGCGGCGCUUGGCAUCGCGCAGCCCGCCGCCUGGCCGCCCGCGCGAGCGAUGUUGUUCGGGCAGCAGCUUCCGCAAUGGGUCGACGCGUGGAAUGGUGGCGGAGCCGCCGCAGCCGCCGCAGGGGUUAUGGCUGGCGGCGGCCCCAUGUACGGCAUGGGUCAAGCAGCAGAGGGCGGCGGAGCGGCCGGCGGUGGCCGCGGCGGCGGCGGCGGUGGCGGCCGCCGGGAGGGAGCCAUGGUGACCCGCUCCAGCGGUGUGUACGGCGGCGCCUCCUCCCUGUCCUCCGCCGCCGCGCGGGAGGCCGCGCGCGAGGCGGCGGCGGCGGAGGCGGCGGCGGCGGAGGAGGACCGGCGCGUCUGCCACGCCGAGGCGCGCGGGCCCGGGCUGGGGCGGCUGGGCUACCGCCACGCGGCGCCGCCGGAGCCCGUGGCGCAGCUGGCUGACGCCGUGCCCGCCACCUCCAUGAGCGCGGUGCUGGACAACGGCGACCUGCUGCGGGCGGUGCUGGCGGCCGGCUGCAUGUCCAUAGCCGACCUGUGCCGCGCCGCCUGCGUGGCGCGGCUGUGGCGCGGGGUGGUGGACGAGCCGGGGUUCUGGCGGCGGGUGGACCUGGCGGGGCGGCCGGUCGUGGCGGACCAGGUGCUGCGCAUGUGCCAGCGGCAGCGGGGUGUGGUCCAGGAGCUGCGGCUGGCGGGCGGCGCCCAGCUGUCCUCCGACACAGCCUACCUCACACGCCUCACACGCAACCUGGGCAGGCUGGCUGUGUUGGAGCUGGCGCGCAUGAGCCUGAGCGAGCGGGCGCUGGGGCUGCUGGUACACGAGCUGGGGGCGCUGAGGGAGCUGGUGCUGAGGGACGUGCAGCUGCACAGCCCGGGAAGCCAGGCUGCCCCCGACGUGACGCUGUCGCACUCCCGGCUGCAGCGCCUGGAGCUGCACGCGCUCAAGGCAGGCCGCCUCACGCUGGCCUGCGCCGAGCUGGAGACGCUGGGGCUGUGGGGCUGCCAGCUGGCGGGCCUGGUGGCGGCGGGCACGGCGCUGCCGGCGCUGACGCAGCUCAGCGUCACGUGCGCCGCCAGGCUGGCAGACCAGGCCCUGCUGACGGCGCUCACGGGCCUGUCCUCUCUGCGGCGGCUGUGCCUGUCCGAGGCCAACCUGGGGGAGGAGCUGCUGCGGCAGCUGGCGGCGGGGCUCAGCAGCCUCAGCAGCCUGCGGCUCAGCGGCUGCAGCGGGCUGGCACUGGGGGGAGGCGGGGCAGCAGGAGGGGGAGGAGGGGCAGGAGGAGGAGGCGGGGGAGGAGGAGGGGGAGGAGGCCGGGCGGCGCUGGGCUGGGGCGGGCGGCUGCGGUGGCUGGGGGUGCUCAACAGCGAUGGCCUGACGCCCGGAGCCGUGUCGAUCAUGACCGAGGGCUGCACGGUCCUGGAGGAGCUGCACCUGGACGGCUGCGGCGGCCUCACCGCGCUCAGUCUGGCGCUGCCGGCCCUGCAGCGCGUGUCGCUGAGGGACUGCCGGCUGCUGGCGGCGAUGGAGCUCAAGUGCAGGCGCCUGGAGGAGGUGGUCCUGGGCGCAGCCAGCGGCAACUGCAGCUCCCCCUCCUCCCCUACCUCCGCCUCCCCUGCUUCCACCACCAUCGCUGCCUCCACCAACGCUGCCUCCACAACCGCUGCCUCCACAACCGCCUCCUCCGCCGCUCUGGCUGGCACCGGCGCCGCGCUUAAGCGUGUGGAGCUGGCGUCAGACCGCCUGCGGGCGCUGCACUGGCGCUGCCUGCCGGCGCUGGAGGAGCUGCGGCUGGACUGCCCCGCGCUGACGUCACUGACGCUGGUGGACUGCGACAGCCUCACGGACCAGAUUUUCGCCAUGCUGGGCGACCAGGAGGAGGAGAUCCAGCCGACCCGCAUCGCCACCGCGGCACUGCAGCAACUGCCGCAGACGAGGCCGGGCGCACGACAGCAGCAGCAGCAGCUGGCUGCGGUGCCGGCGCGGCCCCUCGGCGGCGUGGACCGCGGGCCCGCAGCUGCUCCUGGUGGUCCUGGUGCCGCUGGUGGUGCUGGUGCCGCUGGUGGCGCCGCUGGUGCCGGCAUUGCGGUGGGUGGCGCCGCAGCUAUUCCUGCAGCGGGCGCCGCAGGAGGAGGUGGCGGGGGCGGGGGCGGGGGAGGUGGCGGGGGAGGUGGCGGGGGCGGGGGCGGGGGUGGCGAGGCGGACCGCGCGGGCAGGCACCGGCAGGCGCUCCAGGCGGCCGCCAGCGCGCCGCGCUUGGUCCGGCCGGCACAGCCGCUGCCGGCUGCGCGUCAGCAGACGGGCGCGGCAGCCGGAGGCGGCGGCGGCGCCGCCGCGGCUGCAGCGGCUAUGGCCGCGGUGCGGGCACGCGGGGCGCAAAUGGCCGCCGGGGCGGCGGGGCUGGGGCGGGCUGCUGGGCCUGCCUUCGGCAGCAGCGAAGGACUGGCCAGGCGGCCUGCAGCGGCAGCUGCUGCACCCGCGUCCUCCACCGCCGCCGCCGCCACGUCGGCUGCUGCGGCCAGCCGUGCUCGCCAUGCGCACACGGGCUGUGCCGGUGCUGCCGCUGGCGCGGCCGCCGCCGGUGCCUCUGCUGCUGCUGCUAGUGGCGGUGGGGGUAGCGCGGCAGCCGGUGGCAGCGGCGCCACGUGGGUUGGCGGAGGCGGGGCGGGUGUGCGGGCGGCGGGCGGGGUGGCACGGCUGGCAGCAUCGCCGGCGGCAGCCAUGGGUGCGGGUGCAGCAAGGGCGGCGGGUGCGCCACAAGGCAGAGCUACGCUCGGCAGCCGGGGCGCUGGUGAUGCCGCCGGCGAGUGCAGGGCCGCAGCGCAAGCCGACACGGCAGCCGCGGCAGUAGGAGCAGCGGCGCAACCGGCGGCGGCGCCUGCAGCCGCGCAGGAGGCAGGGAGCAUGUCGUACAGAGCCCGUGGGACCUCCGGCAGGCAGGCGGCGCCGGGAUUGCGCCAAGAGCUGCCGCUAGGAGGUGCCGCCGGUGCCGCCGGUGCCGCCAGGCAAGCGGCAGCCAACUGGCCGGUGCCAACAGCGGCGGCAGCAGGGGGUGCUGCCGCCGGUGCCGCCGCUUGCCCCUCCGCCUGCCACGUGUCCGGUCCGGACUCGUCUGCGGCACAAGCUUCGGCGCUGCCGUUUGUGGCGUCGCCACCGCACUUGCCGCCACGGCCGCUGCUGCCGCAGCCGGCCGCAUACCUGGCCGCACACGCGGACAGCGCGGGCAGCGGCGCGGCUUGCAGCAGCGCUGGAGGCGGCGGCGCAAGUGCAAGGCCGCAGCCGCUGGCAGGGAGCUCUGGUCAGGCGGCGGCGCCAAUGCCGCCACACAUCGGCGCCGCCACCGCCGUCGCGGCCGCACCAGCAGUGUCCGCCGCAGCCGGCUCCGUCGCCGCAGCCGGCUCUGGCCCACGCAGCCCGCCGCUGCGGGGGUCGCUGGCGCCUGCCGCCGGGAUCGCCGCGGGCGCUGCUGCUGGCACCGCCGGCGGCGCCGCCGCUGCCGGUGGGUGGACGGCACAUGCUGCGAUGGACGGCGGGACGGACCACGGCGGCAACGACGCGGGCCGCAUGUCCCGGCGCCGCCGGCGCUGCUCGUGGCGGCGCCUGUCGGGGUCCGCAACAGACGUGGAGAUGCUGUCGAGCGACGACGGCGGCAGCGGCGCUGCCGGCGGCUCCGUGGCUACCUGCGUGGGCGGUGAUGUUGCCGCCAGUGUGGGACCUGCACCGGUGCCGUCGGCAGCGCCGCCGGCACCGGCGGCGGCUGUUGCUGCUACCGCUGGGCCGUCCACUGCAGCGGGGCUUGCGGUGCCUGGCCGCGGCUGUCACCUGGCCGACAUCAGCAACGCGCCGGGCCCUGACGGCGGUGCCAGCGCCAGCGCCUCCUGGUCUACACUCCCGUUGCUGGCCUCGGGCGGUGCCGUGCGGGCGCCUGCCGCCCCGCACUCUGCGGCUGCGGCGGCCGCCGCUGCGCCCCUCUGUCCGCAUGGUCAGGCACACGCGGAGGCGGGCGCGGCACCGCCGGUACACGCACAUGAGAACCAGAUGGUACCGCAGAAAGUGAUGCAAAUGAUGCAGCCGGGGCCGGGGCCGGAGCCGGGGCCGGAGCCGGAGCCGUUGGACGUGUGGGACGACGCGCGGGGGCCGCAGCGCAACAUCCGCCGCCGCCGGCGCUACCGCUCCGCCUCCAGUGGCGGCGAGCCGCCCUCCCGCGCGGCGCGGGCGCAGGAGCGGGCGCCGUCGGAGCCGGGGGAGCUGCAGGCACCCGGCGGAGCGGCCACCGCGGUGGCAGCGGCUGCCCCAGCCGUUGCGGCCGGCCCCGGGCCGGCCGCGCAGGCUGCGGCGCCGCUGCUGCGGCUGCGGCGUGACGACGUCGAGGAUGAGCAUAGUAGCAGCGACGGCGGUGGUGACGGCGGCGGCGGUGGCCGUAGCGGCGGGGGUGACGGCGGCGGCCGUAGUGGCGGUGGCCGUAGCGGCGGUGGCCGUAGCGGCGGUGGCCGUAGCGGCGGUGGUGACGGCGAUGGCCCGAGCUGGAUGUGGCACUCUCAGCCGUGGCCGGCCCCAGGCCCGGUACCGGGACUAGCUCUGGCUCCGUUUGGCAACCCCGGCGCCGGCACAGCAGGCGCGGGCGCGGAUGGCGGCAGCGCUGACGAGGAAAGCGGUGCGGAUGACGGCGCCUCUCCCGGCGGCGGCGGCGGUGGCGGCGGCGUGCUUGCCCCCUCCAGGCCCUCCGUCCCUGCUCGUGCUGGGACAGACGCUCUGGGGGCGGCCGCGUUCAUGUCGCUGUCUGCGCCUCUGACCAGUGGCCUGCGGGCUGGGGCGGAGGGCGGCGCUGGCGGCGCAGCGUUUGGCCGGCCGUGGCUGGGGGCGGCGGGGCCCUCACGUGCGCCCGCUUGGAGUGCCGCUGGCGCCGCCAGCUCGGCUGGGACCGCCGGGCAGGCUGCGGUGUCACCUGCCGCCGCUGUCGCUGCUGCCGCUGCUGUCGGCACGCGCGGCCGCAUGCGGCGGCACGCGGGCACUGCGGCUCCGGCACCGGGCCGCGGGGGGCACGCGGAGGCCGACUCCGUGUUGCGCACACGGCUCGGCAGCGCGCGAGAGGCCGCUGCCGCGCGGCAGGCGGCGGCGGUGGAGGCGCGAGCGGUGGAGGCGCGGGAACAUGUGCGGCGGGCUGCGCGGGAAGCUGAGGCCGCCGAGGUCGAGGUCGCCGCCGCGUGGGUGGUUGCAGAGGCGCCGGUCAUGGGGAUGCUGGAGCAGUUGGGCGGCGCGGCCGCUGAUUGGUUCGGGCUGGCAGAGGAGCAGGCGGCGGCGGCGGAGGUGGGGGCUGGGGCGGCCGGGCCCGAGGUGGGGAUGUGGGAGCUGCAGGAGGCGGCCGAGCUGGCGGAUCUGCAGGAAGGCGGCGGAAUGGCGGCGGCGGCGGUGCAGGCGGUGGCGGAGCCGGUGGCGGCACAGCAGGCGCAGCCGCCGCAGCUGCCGCUAGCAGCAGGAGCUUCGGGGACGGCUGCAGCGGCAGCAGCGGCAGCAUUGCCGCGGCAGCAGGCUGCUCCCGCUUUUGAUGCUGUCGUUGUGGAGUAUAUGGACAUGGACCCGGAUCGGGACCCCUUCCUGCCGCACCUGCGCAACCCCAUGCGGGGGCUGGACCGGCUCGGGGGCCUGCGCAGCACGGCGGCGGCGGCGGCGGCGCAGGAGGUGCAGGAGGCGGCAGCGGCAGGGGCGUGUGCGCUGCCGCUCCGGGCCGCAGGAGACGACGUGGCGAUGCUCGAUGAGGAGGAGCAGGGGGUGCGGUGGCGGCGGCGGCACGUGCGCCCGGGCGGUGUGGCGGCUGCCGCCGCCGGCCCCAGCGGCGCCGCGUCGCGGCGGGCGCGGCCGCGCCCGGGCGGGGCGGGUAGGUGGGGAUUCCUGGGCGGCGGUGACGGUGUUGGGCGGCAAGGGGACAUCAGCAGCAUCAGCGAUACCGACAUUGACACAAGCAGUGAGGGAAGCGGUAUGGAGGGCGCGGCGCAGGGGGAGGCGCUGACGUGGAGACGCGCAGCGGACGCGGACGCGGAGGCGGCAGGGGCAGCAAGGUUAGCGGCAGGUGCGGGAGGAGGGGCGGCAGGAGCACCAGGAGCAGGAGCGGCAGGAGCGGCGGCUGGCGCAGCCGGUUCCGGCUGGGGCCCGGGUGCUGCUCGGCUGCAGGCUGGAGGUUCGGCCAGCUCCGACGCGGAAGGAGAGGAGGUGGAGGUCGGCGGCGACCGCUACUGGCGCAUGGGCCGCAGGGGCCGGGCGGGAGCGCGUGCUGCGGCCGGCGGCAGGGCAGGCCGCGGCGCGGACGCGGGCGCGGGUGCCGGUGCGGGCGCGGGUGUCGAUGCCGAUGCCGGUGCGGUUGGAGGCCGCGCGGGCAGCCCGCCCCACCCGUGGCGGUACCAGCCGCUUGUCGGGGUAGGCGGGGCGGCGCGGCAGGAGCAGCACGGGGCGGGCGCGGCGGGGCAGGCGGCGACGGGGCUGGGUCCAGGGUGCGGCGCAGGCGCCGCCAGGCCAGCGCCUGCGACCGCAGCAGAGGCGGGCGCGUACCCGGAUGGGUGGGUGCCGCAGUCGCGGCUGAUGCUGGUGCAGGCGCGGCGCCGGCUGCAGUCUCAGCAGCAGCGAGAACUCAAGUGGCCGGCUGCUGCUGCUGCUCCUGCGGCGGCGGCUGACGGCGGCAGUGCAGUGGGGCUUCAGGCUGUGGGCCGCGCGCUGGCAACUGCUGGCUCGGUGGUGGCGGCCGCCACCCGCCGCGUCGUCUUCAAGCCGGGCGGCUGCCCGCGCCUGACGGAGCUGAGGCUGGAGGGCUGCGAGGGGCUGCGGCACGUGCGGCUGCGCCACGGCCAGCUGGCGGCGCUGUCGCUGCGCGGCUGCGGGCGGGUGCAGAGCCUGAGCCUGGCGGCGCCGGGGCUGGGGGCGCUGGUGCUGGAGGAGUGCAGCGAGCUGGGGCGGGUGGCGCUGGCGCCCGCGGGACUGACCAGCCUGUCGCUAGGCUCCUGCAGCGGCCUGACGGAGGCGGAGCUGCGCUGCCCGCAGCUGUCGUGCCUCAGCCUCAAGGGCUGCGGCAGCCUGAGGCGGCUGCGGCUGGACUGCCCCGCGCUGGCGGCGCUGGACGCCACCUUCUGUGGAGACCUGGACGAUGCAGCCCUCAUCAAGGCUCUGGCCGCGCGGCCGCCGCUCACCUCGCUGCUGCUGGGCUGCGUGGCGUCCUCGCUGGGCGCGGCGCUGGUGUCGGGGGCGCUGUCGGCGCUCAGCUGCCUGCGCCACCUGGACCUGUCCUACAGCGCCGUGGGCCGACUCACGCCGCUGCUGGGGCUGCCCGACACAUACAGCGGCGGCGGCGGAGGAGGCAGCGGUGCUGCUGUCGCUGCCGCUGCUGCAGUUGCGGCUGCGGCUGCUGUUGUUCCCGUUUCUGUUCCUGUGGCCGGCACUGCUGCUGCCGGGGUUGCUGUGGCCUCGGCGACCCAGCUGCUCGGCGGCCCGGCGGCGGCGGUGGCAAUGGCGGCGCCGGAAGGCACUGGUCUGGCCGGGCCACAUGAGGCUGCACCUGUGGCGGCCGCGGCCCCUGACGCUGCUGCUGCUGUCGCUAUCGCUGCUCCCGCUGCUGCUGCCGGUGCGGUCGGCGGGGCCCCCUUGGCGGGCUGCUCGGCCCUGACGUCGCUGUGCCUGAGCUCCUGCCGCGACCUCCACGCCGAGGACCUGUUGGCACUGCUACCGCCGCCCCUGGGGGUGUGUGCGCUGCCUCACCUUGUGAGCCUGGACGUGUCGUACUGUCCCCUGCCGCCACACGUGGCCGGGCCUCUGCUGUCCGGCCUCACGCGCCUCACGCAGCUGUGCCUCAACGGCUGCGCCGGCGCCGACGAGCGGCUCUGGCGCAGCACCAUGCCCCCGACUGCCGCACACCAGCGGGCACAGCUGCAGGAGCAACAGACGCUGGCGGCCGCAGCUGCAGCUGCUGCUGCGGCUGCCGCCGCCACCACCGGCGGAAGCGCUGGCAGCAUGGAUGUGGACGGCGGAGCGCCGGCAGCACUGCCCCCGGCGGCGGCUCAGGGCGGCGGCGGCGGCGGGCCUGCGGCGCCGUCGCAGCUGCAGUCGCUGAGCCUGGUGCGCUGCGGCGGCCUGACGUCCCUGUGCCUGGGCCUCCUGCCGCACGAGGAGCCGGCGCGGCAGCAGCAACGGGGCCCGCGAGGCCCGCUGGACCCAAGCAGUGAUAGCGGCGGCGGGUGUCAGGCCGGCGGUGUGCCGGGCCAGGGCCGCAUGCAGAUUGGCUCGGUGGUGGGCCGGCCAGGUGCGGGCGUGGGCGUGGGCGUGGGUGGCCUGGCCAAGGCGGCGUAUGUGAACCCGGGGGCGCCGCCCACGUCAUCGUCGUCGUCGUCGUCGGCGGCGGCGGCCCGGUGGCCGCGGGUGCUGGGGCCGCCCUGGACGCCGGCGCCGUGCCUGCUGGAGGGGCUGUGCAGCCUGAGGCUGGGGCUGAGCGCCGUGCAGACCGUGGCGCUGGCCCUGCCGCACCUGGCGCACCUGGACCUCAACGGCUGCGCCGCCCUGCGCUGCCUGGAGCUGCGCUGCCCGGCUCUCAAGCGACUCAACUUGCAGGCAUGUGUCUCCCUGCCCGUCGACCUGCUCGUCCCACUGCUCGUGAGCCUGGGCAACUCCAGCGCUGGCGCCGGUGCGGGCAAGAGCAGCAGCAGCAGCAGCAGCAGCACUGCUGUGGCCGCGGCCAGCUCCGCUGCUGGUGCUGACAGCGGUGUGGGGUUGGAGAUGUUGGACGCACAGCACGCCGGGCGCUUCGGCGAGGCACUGGCGGCGGCUGUGGCGGCGGCGGCGCUCAUGGCAGAGGAGGCGCGCAGGGAGCAGGCGGCCGGGGCGGCGGCGGGCGCAGAUGCGAGCCCCAGGGCAGGGGCGGGUGGCAGCGGCGCGGGAGGUAGCGGCAGUGGCGCUCAAGCAGCCGGCGGUGGCGCGAGCGCUUGCAGCUCGGGCAGCGCGGCGGCUGCUGGCGCCACUGCCACAACCGGCAGCGAUGCAGGUGGCAGCGGUUCGGAUGCAGGUCCGGCCCAGGGCGCCAGCGUUGUGGCUGUGCCGAUGGACACAGACGCUGCGAGCGCCACGGGUGUGGCGGCGGCCGGAGCCACGUCAGCUGCAGUGGCAGUGGCAGAGGCGGCGAAGGCCGAGGCGGCGGAGGCGGGGGCAGCGAAGGCGGCGGCGCGUGCGGCGGCGCUGGGUGCUGCGGCGGACACGGCGUGGUGGCUGCUGCCCAAGGCCGCCACUGUGUUGGCGUGCGGGCCGGACUGCGCGGUGUGCAGCCGGGCUAACCGCCGGUCGCUGCUGGGGUACAUCGUGUGAGGCACGAAGAGAUGCAUAGGGAGGGGAGAGGGAGAGGGAGCGCGGUGAGGGUGGAGGGUUAUGUGCCCGUGCCCAAUGGAAGAAUGAACAGGGUGCGGAUGGUUGCAUGCAGAGUUUUUGUUCAGGGGGUUGCCUGAAAUACACUGGAUGCAUGCUGGGUGUACAGCCAAUUUGGUGCACUGGGGUGUUGAUGGGGUCGAUGACACUGUGUUCGUGGUGAGUCUCAGGGGUUCCUGGUGAGUCGGGUGAUGAACGUACGUCUGCAUGUGCUGCAUAGUGCAUACUAUGUUUGAUACUGCUGAGACGCGCUGUGUAGCCUACGGCCAUGUAUCUACCCGUUGCCUGAUUCUUCAUGUACUACUAUCCGUCGGGUUUACGGUUCAUGGUUGUGUGACGGUGGUUGCAGCUGAGGCGCGGCAGGUCGCGCGGGUCGCCUACUAUAUGGUGCUGGCGCGCCGGACCGGACACGUCGCUGCUGGUUGAGUGUUUGCAACAUGACAAAUCGUGGGGGCCAAGAUGUGACUGGGGACCGGGGGGCGUCAUGCCGCAGACCGACGCUUCAAUAUUACCAAGGACAUAUGGCCGGGGUGGUACCGUGGUAGGUUGAGCACGAAGGA